AUGAACCAGGUACCUGGAGUUAUGGAUGGUACCCAAUCACCAGCGAGGAAAGAGAUGGGGACUCGCAGUGAGUCCGAGAAAUCCGAGGGCGAAGGGGCCAUAUCUGAAGGUCCAGCGGAAGGGGAGGUUCAGAUCACUGAACCAUAUGUCGACGUCAAACCUUUAGAAGAGAAGGAUAUACAUACCUCGACGACAGGCUACCCUUUAAAACCCGAAAAUAUCUCAGAAACUCUAACAGAGGUGGAAGUUCAAGUCACUGAAGCACAGCCCAGUAUCACUAUCGAGCCCUCAAAAGAGAACAAAACCCAUACCUCGACUCCCUCCACACUGUCACCUCUCAAAUCCUCAACCUCAAGCGUGGGCGAGGCAGCAGCAGCUUCGCCCACACUUUCCGCGAAUAGCUCAAACGAUGACGGCAUCACUGCUUUCUCUACAACUGCUUCUACCGCCGUCUCCACCAAAGAUGUAGAUCUCAACACCGUCAGUGAGAAAGACCUCGAUCAGAUAUGGCAGUGGAACGCUACCGUCCCACCAAACUUAACCACCUGCAUGCACGAUAUCAUCUCCGCGCAAGCGGCCAAGAAUCUCGACAAGAUUGCCAUCACUUCCUGGGACGGCGAGCUCUCGUAUUGGCAAGUGGACGAGAACUCUACCAGUUUGGCGCACCACUUGAGAGGUUUGGGCGUGGACGUAGGGAGUUAUGUCCCACUCUGCUUCGAGAAGUCGAUGUGGACGGUUGUGGCUGUUCUGGGCGUUAUGAAAGCAGGUGGCGCAUUCGUACUUACAGAUCCAAGUCAACCUGAAGAGAGGUUAAGGAACAUCGUGAGCCAAACGGGAGCGAACAUAAUCGUAACAUCGCAGACACAGAAAGAGUUAGGCCAGCGUAUAGCGCCCUCCGCAACCGUCGUCACCGUGUCCCGCGACCUCUUCAAUCUUUUCGACUCUCAAGCUUCAGGAGAGGUUCCACUACCAGCCAUCCCCCCGGUCCCCCCUUCCUCAACUUUGUACAUCAUCUUCACCUCCGGCUCCACUGGGACACCCAAAGGCGUCAUAAUCCCCCACGCUGCCUUCACAUCUGGUGCUAUUACCCGCGCCCACAUCGUCGGUUACCGAUCCCACUCCCGCGUCCUCGACUUCGCCUCCUACGCCUUCGACGUCAGCAUCGACUGUAUGCUGUGCACGCUCGCGGCGGGCGGCUGCAUCUGCGUGCCCUCGGACGCUUCUCGUCUGAACGAUCUCAGCGGCGCAAUCAGAUCCAUGAACGUUAAUAUGGCGCAUAUGACGCCUUCCGUCGCCAGGGUGCUGGAGCCAGGCGUUCUAGAGUCGCUGGAAGUACUGGGGCUAGGUGGGGAGUCAGUGUCCGCGAGUGAUGCGUCAGAGUGGGGGCAGAAGACGCGAGUGAUUAUCGCGUACGGGCCGAGUGAGUGCACGGUUGGGUGUACGAUUAAUGGAGAUAUUGAAAUUGGGAAGGCAUAUACGAGUAUUGGAAAGGGGGUGGGUGGCGUCACGUGGAUUGUGGAUGCGGCAGAUCAUGACAAGCUCGUGCCGGUUGGUGAAGUGGGUGAGCUGUUGAUUGAGGGACCGAUUGUGGGGGAGGGGUAUCUGGGUGAGCUGGAAAAGAGUAAGGUGGUGUUUAUUGAGGAUCCGAAGUGGCUGGUUGCUGGCGAUCGGAAUGUACCUGGACGAAGAGGAAGGCUGUAUAAGACAGGAGAUUUGGUGAAGUAUGCUCCGGACGGAUCUGGGACGAUUGUGUUCGUGGGACGUGGCGACCAGCAAGUGAAGCUGAGAGGUCAGCGAAUCGAGCUUGCGGAAGUCGAGUACCAUCUCCGAAACCACCUACCAUCGGGAACGGGCGUUGUGGCAGAAGUUAUCACGCCAGGAGGUCGCGGAGACCCGUCACUGGUGGCUUUCGUCGUGGAACCCUUCAAGGAGAACGGAGCAGAUACCGAGAACACGACUGUUCCCAUGUCUCCUGUACUCGAGCGCGCCCUCGCGGAAAUGGACCAAAGAGUUGCUACAACACUACCGAUCUACAUGAUUCCUUCGGCGUAUAUCCCACUUCGCAAGAUGCCGUCUCUAGUCUCGGCCAAAACAGAUCGUAAAAAGCUACGCGAGAUUGGAUCUGCCAUGUCGCGGCAGGACCUUGCAAAGUUCCGCGUUGCGCAGGUGGGUUCGCGAAAGCCAGAGACGGAGAUGGAGCUCAGGAUCCAUGAGCUCUGGAAACAGAUAUUGGGCUCAGAACUCACAAUCAGUGCCAACGAUAGUUUCUUCGGCCUCGGGGGUGAUUCCUUGAAAGCAAUGAAGCUCGUGGCCGCCGCAAACUCGGACGGACUGGCCCUGACAGUUGCUAGUAUCUUUAAGUACCCUAGGCUAGCUGACAUGGCUCUUCAAGCAAGCCCAAAGAUAGCAGGCGACGAGCUCGAGAUACCCGCAUUUUCUCUGCUGGACGGAUGGGACGUAGACGCGGUGCGUCAAGAAGCAGCCAAGCUCUGCGGACUAGAAGCAUCAUCAAUCGAAGAUGUUUACCCUUGCACACCACUGCAAGAAGGUCUAAUGGCUCUUUCAGUGAAGAUAGAAGAAGCCUACGUCGCGCAGCGAGUCGUGAACCUGCCGAACUUCGAGACGGCCCAGCGAUUGCAAGCCGCAUUCAAAACCGCAGCCGUGGAAUCUCCUAUCCUACGGACUCGGAUAGUCCAAUUUCCCGGACGUGGCCUGAUGCAAAUCGUUGUAAAUGAGGAAGCCAUCUGGCAAUCUCGUACAAAUCUAGAAGACUAUCUCACGGAAGAUCGAGAAAGGCCGAUGGGCCUCGGUGUCCCCCUCGCACGGUACGGGCUCGUGACCGACGGGGCGACUGGCCGUGUCGACAUGGUCUUGACUAUGCACCACGCUCUAUACGAUGGGUGGUCGAUGCCACUAAUCGUUGACCGCGUGAAUCGAGUCUACCAGGGACUGAAGACUCAACAAUUAGCACCAUUCAAGAGCUUUAUCAAACACCUCCGGGGCGCCAGCCGAGCAGAAUCAGAGACUCACUGGCGACAGAGCCUCCGCGAAGCCACUGGCCGUACAUUUCCCGAGCUUCCAUGGGCUGGUUACCAAACGCAAGCCGAUUCUUUACUUGAGCGAUAUGUCCCACUUCCCAGACGCUCCGCCUCGAGCACAACUAUCGCGACUGCUAUUCGCGGAGCAUGGGCGUUAGUAUCGAGCAUGUACUCUGGAUCCAAGGACAUCGUGUUCGGAGAAACUCUCACUGGCCGCAACGCGCCGAUUACAGGCGUCGAAAGUAUCGAAGGUCCAAUGAUCACCACAGUCCCUAUCCGCGUACGAGUUGACAGUAGUGCCACAGUCUCUGAAUAUUUGCAAGAGAUCCAUGAUGAUGCUGUUCUGCGUAUGCCGCAUGAGCAUCUAGGUUUACAAUAUAUCCGACGCCUAAGCCCUGAUGCACGCGAGGCUUGCGAAUUGCGGACCGGCCUCGUCCUACACCCUAGCAAUGCCGAGGAUGAGAGACCAGCGAGUAAUGAUGAGCCCGCGAACGGUUUUGUACCCGCCGGCGACUCUGAAGCUGCGCGGGAGGCAUUGAAGUUCAACACAUACGCUCUCAUGCUGGUCUGCGCUCUGGAUGACCAUGGCUUCCUCAUGAUGGCCAGUUUCGAUUCCAAGACUAUCGCUGUACCUCAGAUGCAGGAUGCUUUGGUGCAUAUGGAGCGUCUUGUGCAGCAGCUUUGUGAAGCGCCAAAUAAGCUCGUUAGGGACUUGGAGUAUACUACCCAACUGGAGCGAGAAGAGCUACGUCGAGUCAGCCUCAUUGGUCCGCAUAGCAAAGUUGAUGGGAAAGUUCUUGAGGGUGCCACAGCAACAUGGAUAGUUGACCGUACGAACGUUCAGGUUCUUCUACCGAUUGGCGGUCUAGGGGAGCUUUUGAUCGAAAGUUCGACGAAUCUCGCCCUACCUUCUGUCGAAUUUCCAGCUUCGAUCGAUGCGAUCUUUGCCGAGAAGUCCGCACAUGAAGAGAAGCUGUACCGGACCGGCAAGCUCGCAAGAUACAACACAGACGGGUCCAUUGUCAUCGUUGGCACUGUAGAAGAGGAAGAGAAGUCCACGUUCAACAUCUCCAAGCCAACCCCAAAGAUCCGAGUUCCCGCAGUUUCGGCGAAGCAACGAAAGCUCCUCCGAAUUUGGAGUCGCACUCUACAAAUUAAUGAAAGCGAGAUCGGUCUUACCGACAGCUUCUUCCAACUAGGCGGUGACUCAAUCGGAGCCAUGAAGUUGGUCUCCGAAACACGACUCGAAGGCCUUGGACUGAGCGUUGCGCAAGUCUUCAAGGCAAGGACGCUAUACGAGAUGGCGAAUAUCGUCGAAGACUUCCAGCCUUCGGAGACAGUGGUGAAGCCGCAUAUACCUUUCGCGGCACUCGAUGUUCCUGACGUGGAGUCUUUCUUGGCAGAAUCGAUCAAACCGGUCCUUGCGGAUCCUUCUUGGACAGUCGUGGACGUCUUACCAGCCCGCCCACUCCAAGAAAUCGCCGUCCAAGGAACGGUGAAGCUUCCUCGGUACUCCGUUCGAUACGAAGCUUUCUACCUCGACUCCGCCAUCGACCACGAGCUCCUCUUUCGCAGCUGCCAAGAACUCGUAUCCCGCAACGAGAUCCUCCGCACUAUCUUCGUCGAGGCAGCUGGCAGCUGCUACGGGGUCGUUCUCCAAGACUUACAGGUGGAGCUCUCCGAAUUCAGUAUUGAAGGCGACGUGAAAGACUUCUGCCACAAAUACUGCGACCUAGACGUCCAAACACGGAUGCCACUCGGCACCCCCUUUGUCAAGUUCGCUUUCGUGCAAGGCGAGGACGGGAACAGCUGCCUAAUUUUCCGGAUAUCGCACGCGCAGUACGAUGAGAUAUGUCUACCUAUCAUGCUACGUCAGCUCUCAGCCAUCUACCAAGGACAAACCUCGCCGGAAACGCUGCCCUUUUCGUCAUUCGUCAACCGUGUGGUGCGCGAAACGACUCCCACAAGUAUUCCUUACUGGCGCAAGCUUCUCCAAGGCUCUUCAAUGUCUUUACUACGCCCGGACAUCCCCCUCGAAUCCAGGAAAGCCGUCUCGUUCUACAAAACCGUAGACAUUUCCGCCCGCUCCAAAGACAUCACCAUCGCCACCCUUCCCACCGCCGCAUGGGCGCUCUGCUUAGCCCGUCGCCUCUCAACCCAAGACGUCACAUUCGGCGAAGUCGUCAGCGGGCGGAACAUCGAUCUUCCCAACGCUGACGCCGUCAUCGGACCGUGCUGGCAGUACGUUCCUACUCGCGUCAAGUUCGAAGACGGCUGGACUGCUCUUGAUCUACUCAACCACGUCCAGCGGCAGCACAUCGCUAGCGCACCAUUCGAGAGCAUGGGCCUCAAAGAGAUCGUGGAGAAAUGCACAGAUUGGCCGAGCAGUGUUGACUGGUUUGAUUCGGUCGUGCACCAGGACGUCGACCAUGUCGAGAACUUGGCGUUCUUGUCUGCGAAUAGCAAGAUGGAAACGAUUUAUCCGCAUCUCGAGCCGUUGCGGGAGUGGAAAAUACAGGCGUUCCCGCAGGGUGAUAGCUUGACGCUUGAAGUUGUGACUUUUGAGUCGUGGGGGGAGUAUGCACGGGGUCUGCUGGAUGAGUUGGUAGAGAUAAUGGGGAUGUUCGUGAAUAGGUAUGGCUCUAAGAUUGCACUAAGUUAA